CGCAGAGCUCCAGCGCGAGGGGAGAGGGCACUCCGCGCCUGGUGCAGGCAGAGCGCCCUGGGACGCCGACAGUCGGCUAGCGCACCCCGCCAAUGGCGCGCCCCCCGAGCCCACGACCAAUGCUGCCUGCACUCCUGCUGCUGCUGCCGCUGCUGCUCCGAGCGGGGGACCACCUCCCCACAGAAGGCCGGCUCAUGAACAGCUGUAUCCAGGCCAGGAGGAAGUGCCAGGCCGAUCCCACUUGCAAUGCUACCUACCACUACUUGAAUUCCUGUGCCUCUAGUAUAAGCACCUCAUCACCUGCAGAGGAGCCUUCAGUCCCUGAGGACUGCAUGGAGGCAGCACAGCAACUCAGGAAUAGUUCUCUGAUGAGCUGCACAUGCCAUCGGCGCAUGAAGAACCAAGCUACCUGCCUGGACAUCUACUGGACCGUUCACCCUGCCCGUAGCCUUGGUGACUAUGAGCUGGAUGUCUCUCCCUAUGAAGAUACAGUGACCAGAAAACCCUGGAAAAUGAAUUUCAGCAAACUGAACAUGCUCAAACCAGACUCGGACCUCUGCCUCAAGUUCGCCAUGCUGUGCACUCUUAAUGACAAGUGUGACCGGCUGCGCAAGGCGUACGGGGAGGCGUGCUCCGGGUCCCGCUGCCAGCGCCACACUUGCCAAAGGCAGCUGCGCUCCUUUUUCGAGAAGGCGUCGGAGCCCCACGCUCAGGGCCUGCUGCUGUGCCCGUGCGCGCCCACCGACCAGGGUUGCGGGCAGCGCCGGCGCAACACCAUCGCCCCCAGCUGCUCACUGCCAUCGGAGGCCCCCAACUGCCUGGAGCUGUGGCACAUAUGCCUGUCCGACCCGCUGUGCAGAUCGCGCCUGGCGGAUUUUCAGACCCACUGCCAUCCCAUGGACAUCCUAGGGACCUGUGCAACAGAGCAGUCCAAAUGUCUGCGAGCAUACAUGGGGCUGAUUGGGACUGCCAUGACUCCCAACUUUGUCAGCAACGUCAAUGCCAGUGUUGCCUUAAGCUGCACCUGCCGAGGCAGUGGCAAUCUGCAGGAGGAGUGUGAGCAGCUGGAAGAGUCCUUCUCCCGAAACCCCUGCCUCAUGGAGGCCAUUGCAGCUAAGAUGCGUUUUCACAGCCAACUCUUCUCCCAGGACUGGACAGCCUCUACCUUUUCCAUGAUGGAACGCCAGAACAAAAACCCUGCUCUGAGGCCACAGCCCUGGGUGCCCUCUCUUUUCUCCUGUACACUUACCUUGAUUCUGCUCCUGAGCCUCUGGUAGCUGGACUUCCCUGGGGGCCCUCUUCUCCUUUACCACACCCAGCUGACCUGCAGCCUGCAAGGGUUGAGGAAAGGACAGCAUCAGGAAGGAGGUUUGGUAUACAACAUGGCAACCCUGACGUUACCCCACACCUCCAGUUGACUCCAGAUUAGGCCACAGUAGAAGCUGACUAGCCUAGUUCUCAUUCCCUUCACUUCUUUUUUUGUUUUGUGUUGUUGUUGUUGUUGUUGUUUUUGGCCGUGCCUCUUGGCUUUUGGGAUCUUAGUUCCCCGACCAGGGAUUGAACUGGUCCCUUGGCAGUGAAAGCUCGGAGUCCUAACCACUGGACCGCCAGGGUCAUUCCCUUCACUUCUGACUCAGGCUGCCCCUCCUUAGGACUUUAGCCAUAUCUUCUGGUGAUGUCCAGCUCUACCAGGCUCUCUCCCUACCCCUUUCUUCUGCCCACCAGCAUCACCCAGGCUCUAACAAAUCAGUCACGCUCUCUUGCAUUCUCCAGGUAGGCAGGGCUGGGUGUUCUGAAGCAACCUAGAAAGACAUUCCUCAUGGUGAGGAAAGCUGGAGCAAGACUCUUGGCCCCUUGUCUCCUCCUCUGAAUGGGGAAUGGGAACCUACUGCCUUCCCAGGGAUCCUACAGAACAUUUGAGCAUCACGAGCUAGAGCAUAUGGGCCUUGCUUUCUUCCUGCUACUGUCCCAAAGUCCCCUUAGC